UUUUGUAUGAACAAAGGGAGGCCAGUAACAUCUACUUUCAGUUUCUUUAUUAUUGCCAAUGAAAACUUCAUAUAAUUUGAUUAUGAUAGCGCAGGACAUUUCAAUAUCAAUUUAAUAAAUUUAUAAAUAAAACAGUAACAGUGCUCUUAGCUCAUACUUCAUAGGAUCUUGAUCAGCAGAUUUACAUCUCGCCCCUAAUUAUUUUUAAAAGGAGUUAUGGCUGGAAACUUUUGGUCAAGUUCUCACUAGUAAGUUUUGUUUGCACACUUGACUCACUUGAGCACUCACUCACCAAGUUUGAAAUGACUGCAUAAUAAACCAGCAUUAACUUUGUAGUCUUAGUUUGGUUCAUAGUAAAUUAAUAAUUAUUAAUAGGCUUAUAAUAAUCUCUGACAAUUACAUUAUUGACAGUGUUGCUUUUUUACUAUCUAUUUCCCUAAGAAUUUGAAUAAUUCUAUCUAGGCCAAUAUUCAUAAUUAGUAGUAUUAAGUAUUAAGCCUAAUUAAUUACAUUUAAAAUACCAACCUCCUCAGUAAAAAUCAUUAUUGUUAUUGUAUACUCUGAAAAAAUACUGAACUUUUGUGUAAAGUACACAUGACAUAGAUUUCAUAAAAACCUGUAGGCCCUAUUUUAUCUAGCUCAUAAACUGUACGCUGUACACACAAAAAAUAAAAAACCAAAUAAAAUUAACAUUAUAUUAAUAGCCACUUCGAUGAGAUCCGGGAAUUGCCGAAAACCGGGUAUAGUGAUUUCGUUAUCAAAAUGGCGACCUCCACUUUUUAAUUUACCGAGAGCCUGGUUGUUUACGAUUUUUUUCUUAAUUAUGGCCCAGCAAGCACAUUCUAUUUCCGCCCACAACUUUGAGUAGACAGGUUGUUUUAUGAUUAGACACUUUUGUUCUAAAAUAUAUUUGAGGUCUUAACUUUGAAAAUUGAAGGUAAAAUAAUGCUUAUUUUACUCAUUCAUAUUUUUUUUGGAAAGGGUGUCUUUCUUAAAUAAAAGGACGACGGGAGAUAAUAGUAUAAAUUACAACAUACCAAAAAUUCAAGAGGUUUGCACCCAGUUCAAUGGUCAAAAAAUUGUCUUGAUGCUUUUAUUGAGGGGUAUUGACUUGGGUAGUGGGUUAAACUGAAUUUAUUAUUAGCCUCAUUAUUAUUAUUAUUAUUAAUAUAUUAAAUAUAACAUUUUAAUAUAUAUACAGGCCUAGAAAAGUAUAGUAUUUUAAGUAUAGGCCUAGCUCCACCCCAACUCAUUAUUUGUGGGACACAUUAUUUGUUAUUUGUAAUGACAUUUUAAUGAAUAUUUUGAUUCUUAAUGCAUAGAUUAAGCAAAAAUGUUAACAAAAAAAUAGUCGCUUACCUUUCAUAUUGAAAUAUCCUAUAUUUAAUCACAUAUCACAAUAUUUCACAAGAGAAUUAUUAAAUAAUCCUUGGUAUUCUCAAAGAAAAAACAUACUUUCUGCCACAAUAGUCCAAGAAUUACUUAAGAUAUUAUUAAUAAUAUUAAAGAACAAUCAUAAAAACUUAUACUUACCACAAGCAAAUGACUAGAACUUAUUUUAGUUUGUAUAAACCACCAAAGUUGAUUCUAUCAAUGCAUGUUAAUUUGUGAAACAAGAUUACUAACUUGUAAAAAAUGACAUACUAUUUUUUUGUCAUAUUUAGACAUUCAUAUGAUAUGGGACUAAAAUACAUAUAUAGAAAAUGGUAAAAUGCUGAGUCGCCUUUGCAACCAGUGAAGCAUCCCAUUGAAACCCAUGCACAGUAACAUCGCAAACCCCUCUGAAACAUAGGAGCCAGAAUGAUCAAUUCAUUGAUCGUGGGCCCUCAAAAUAAAGAAGAAGAAGAAGAAAAAGUGUAAUCGUAAAUUUUAACGAAAUGAAACAAGUAAUCCCUUUAUUAUUAGUUUAUACUUAUAAAUGUUAAACAAUUCCACAGAAAAUUUGAAAUUUAUAUCUAAAAAAUAUUAUUAUUAUUAUGAUUUUAGGGAAAUUAAAAAAAAAAUAUUGAAAAAAAAUUAAUUAAUUAAUUUCAAAUAAGUGACGAGUCAGCAUAUUUAUACAUGUUUUAAAAGGAAAAAAAUCAAGAUUUUUUUUAAAAUUUUUGCGGAAUAUUAACAAAAACUAACUUAUAUUGUAUGGCUUUAUUUAGAAGUACUCUUAUUUAACUAUGUUCCCUGUAAAUAUUAUAUUUUUGUCUCAUUUUAUAAUAAAGUUAUAUGCAUUAAAAAAAAAAAGCAAAUUGAGGGUCACGAAAUGUGGAGGAAAAUCCCAUAGUAAAAAAGUGCCUUUGAGGUCCCUACUAAAAAAUUCAUAACUUUUGAACCACUUGAGCUAGAAAGUUGAUCUUGGUGUUUUUGUAAUCUAUUCUCCAGGCUCUGUACAGCUGUAGUAUUUUUAUAUUUUUAAAAAUGAUUUGAAAUUUUCAUAAAAGUGCUUAAUAUUAAAUAGGCCUGGCCUAGGCAUAUUUGUGUUUUCAAUCAGCUAACUUUUUUUUUUCAUACUCAUACAUAAUUAAUAUUUAACCUUUUUAAAGAUGUCUAUAGUAUUGCUUAUAUAGACAAACCAACAUGUAUCAUUAACUUUACAGAGUAAAAUAAUAAUAAGGCUUAUACUUAUAAGGAGAGAGAGACUGCAAUCAGGUUAGGUAGAAGGAAAUAUGUGACAUAAGGUAUGGGAAAACCUGAGUAAAGGAUGAAACAAAAUAAUGAACAUAUUAACAAGAAGCCUUCUUCAGUAAACAAACAAAGAGUAACACAAAUAUAAAAACUUAAAAUGAAAUGUUGUAUCUGAUAGGACUGCAUUAGUCAUUAGUAGGUAAGACGAUUAGUAGUAAGUAGGUAAGAGAGUUAAUAUCGGCAAAGGGGGGAGGAAGAGAGGAAAAGUAAUUCCACAAUAAUUGGUUGUAAAAAAGAGGGUGUAAGGAAAUAUUUAUUGAGUGAAGGAGAACGUGACAUUCAUGCUAUGCAGUGUCAAUGUCCCUGACAUAAGUGUGUAUCAUCUCUUUCUCUAAGUUUACUCUGGCGGGUGUGUUGGUACAGGAAACAAUGGUAGUAAUGGUCGAAUCGCUAGAGCCCUUUUGGUUGCUUUUAUUGAAGUGUUUUGAAAUAGGACAUUGUUUAUCUUGCACAAUAUUUCAAAGCUGUUCAUUACAUCUGUCCAAAAGACGCUGCCCCGUCUUGCCCAGAUAAGUGAAAAAUCAACAUCAGUUUAUCAAAUUUCAACAUUGCUCAUGAGCUCAGAAAACUCUUGGUCUGCAUUGCUUUUCCAGCUAGCAUUUUUUUUUUACAGAAAAUCUACAUCUCAUUUUAAGAAGAAAAAAUUUCUAGAUCAUGUCUAAUCUACAGAGGGAAUUUCAAUUUAAGUAACUUUAAUGUCUGACUUGGAUGACUUUCGAUCAUGCUGACUUGGAUGACUCUCAAUAAUGCUGACUUGGAUGACUUUCAAUAAUGUCAACAGCCAUCACAUUGACUUGAUAUAGUUCAUCAAAUUUAGUUAAAUGUAUACACAUAGUGAAAUAAAUAUAUUUAAAUGUUCUUGACAAGCAUGUAUUAGAUAGUUUAUAAGUUAUAGGAGCCAGCGUGAUCAAUACAUUGAUCAUGAGCCCUCAAAAUAUAGAAGAAGAAGAAGUUUAUUAAUAUCAAAAUCUGUAACUUUUUUGCUAUGCACUAAUAGUAAUAACAGAAUAAAAUUUAUUAUACUUUUUUUUCAGCCAACAAUGGGUUUUGGAUCGACAAGAUUUAUAUAGAGAGAGACAUAAUGAUUUAACCAUUCUCAGUGAAGAUGAAUAUCAGAAAAUAAUGAUGCUAUUUGCCAAUGGUUUGUUUUAUUUUGAUUGUUUUUAUUUUGAAUGUAUUAAUAAAAAAUAUAUUUUCUUUAGAGAUAUCAGUGUUUAAUCACUUAAAUAAUGGAGCAGAUUAACACAUUUUUUGAAAAGUUUGGUACUAUCAUUAAAAAUAUUUUUCAUUCAUUGUGAUAUUUACGAUAUAUGAUUUACUUUUAUACCAAAAUUAAAAUUAUAUUAGUUUAUUUCUGACAGUUAAAAAGAGAUUUAAUUAUUCAAUCUUUCAUUCACACUGUAAUGUUGAUUUUUUUUACUCGCAGUUAUUCAAGCCCUUGGUGAACAGUUAAAAUUCAGACAGCAAGUUAUAGCAACAGCAACUAUCUAUUUUAAAAGAUUUUAUGCAAGGUUUGACCAGUUUGUUUGUAAAAGUUUGAUAGAUUGAUUAAUGAUAAAUCUUUAAGUGUUGAAAUAUAUUAAGAUUGUUGUAAUGCGAAAUCAAGAUUUUAUUGAUGUGCAAGAUUUUAUAUUAGCAAUUUUAUAUCUACAUUUCUGUGUUUUAUUUUUUUAAUGUUUGUUUUAAGUCAUAUGUUUUGAAAAAUAAAUUACUCUUGUUGUCUUGUUUCAGAAAUUCUCUUAAGUGUAUUGACCCUUGGCUAAUGGCUCCAACAUGUGCAUUUUUAGCUUCAAAAGUUGAGGUAAUACUUACUUAUUUGAUGGAUAAGUUAUGGACACACUAUAUUUGAUGAAAAAGUGAACAUCAAAAUUGCAAAAGCAGCAUCAACAAUAUCAAAAUUGAAUAAGCAGGUGUGGAAUAAUCUUAAAAUAUUUGAAAGUACAAAACUAAGUGUCUAUCAAGCAUGUGUGCUCAGUAUGCCCUAUAUUGCAGCCAGUCCGCUCUCGCAUAGAGUACAAAAUUGCAACUUUGUGCUACCGCUGCAUACAUGACCUGGCACCAUCUUAUCUCAAAGCACCCAUGACGCCUUAUGUACCCACUAGAGAGCUCCGCUCAUCCGAUAGUGUCAAAAUAUCAAUACCGUGUGUUCGCCUUGAGACUUACGGAAAGCGCACUUUUGCAUUUGCCGGCCCAACAAUUUGGAACACACUUCCAGUCGCUCUCAGAAACAGCCAGACACUGGAGUCCUUUAAAACCGAUUUAAAAACACAUCUAUUUCACAAACAUUUUCUGGGGUGAUGCUAUCUACCAUAUUUUUCAGUUAAUGUAUAUUGGCUUGUGUUGCUUAUGGUUGAAACGGGAUGAAAGACUUUGACUUGGUAUGCUCGUAUGUUGUUUUAUAUUGUUGCGUCUGUUUUUUAAAUGUGGUAAAUUUUAGAUUGUUUUUAUUUCUCUUUAUAAUGUGGUUGACUUUGUACCGUGCUUCGAGCUUUUGGGGAUGAAGCCUGUUUUUCAAAUAAACAUUAUUAUUAUUAUUAUUAAGUGUGGACCACAUAUGCCGGUAAUGAGUGGAAACCCAAAGGCUACCACCAAAGAUGUCUGCGACACAUUUUGCAUAUUUGAUAGCAGAACAAAGUUCAGAACACAGAGGUUUUGGAAUUUGCCAAAAUGUGUAGCAUGUUCUCUGUUCUUAGCAAUAAGCUCCUUCACUGGUAAGGCCAUGUAAUGGGAAUGGAGGAAGUUUGUUUUUCAAAGGAUCUGCUGUAUGGAGAAUCGGCAGAGGGGCAAGACUUAAAGGAACCUGAGGGAACAUAGAGAUCAUUGCUGAGCUCCAUUCCAGCUGGUGAGCAGCAGUGUAUGUUGGAGUGAAACAGGCAGAAGAUGCGCGAAGAAAAACCCUUUACAGUAGGCCAAAUGUAACCAGGAGUUAAAAUUCUCCUGCAAGUAGUGCAGCCGAGACUGCUGUUUGAUGAAAUGGCCUUUAUAAGCCAUUUGAUGAAGUGUCAAUAGCUACUACAUCGGCUCGCGAAGAUGGAAGGAAUGUCAUUUAUAUACAUUUAGAAAGUACAUUUUUUGUAGUCUGCACUUGGAAAUGUUUCCAUGCUCCUUAAUAGUUCUAAUUUUACAGGACACCUCUGAAUUUAUUAUUUCAUUCUUCAAUUCUGGUCUAUCAACUAAUAAAAUAUCUGUUUGAUUCCAGGAAUAUGGUGUGAUAUCUAACAGUCGCCUGAUGACCACCUGUCAAAAUAUAGGUAUUGCGUUUUUUUAUGUUGUAAACUUGAAUCAGAUGAGAUUUUUUUUCUUCCUUAUUUUAAUUUGCUUUUUCUUCUUUUUUUUUUACAUAUGAAAGUGGUUUACAUAUUAAUGCAUUUUUGGAUUUUACUAAAAUUUUAAAAGGUCCUUUUAAAAGUGUACUCUGAAAUGGAUUGUUAAAUCAAAAAUUCUUUUUUUAUCAGAAGCAAUCAAUUUAAUAAUAAUAAUAAAGUUCAUUUCAAAAACACGCUUCAUCCCCAAAGGCUCGAAGCGCGGUACAAAGUCAACAAAAAACAAAUCUAUAAUUUACCACAUUUAAAACAAAUGCAACACUACAAAAACUAAUUACAAGCAUACCAUGUCAUAGUCUUUCUAGCCAUUUUAACCAUAAGCAACACAGCAAUUAUGCAUUAUUCAUUUUGAUUUCAGUAAAGAACAAAUUUAGCCAUGCUUUCAAUGGUGAAUAUCCCUACAGAACUCAGCAUGUGCUGGAGUGUGAGUUUUAUCUUCUAGAAAUGAUGGUGAGAUUUUACAUGUUCUUAUUACAUAUAGGAUACUUCUGAAUAGCAUUUAAUUGUAAUGCAUUUAAUUUAAUUUUGUAUUUAAAAACAUAAUUCAUUGAGGCAAUAAUAGAAUUCCCAGAGCCACUCACUCACUAUAUUAAAUUAUGAAUGGUACUUCAUUAUGACACGAUAUAUAUCUCAUUUGAUAUUUCACAGUUGUUUUUUUAUACAUUUGAGUUUAUUCACUUGCACAGAGAUUCUCAUUUUUAUCGAAACUUGUUAGAGUUUAGAGACAGAAAUAACUGCAUCCAAUCUAUUAUUUAGCAAUUAUUAUUCUGUAUUUUCUAUUGACAUGUUUUCAUCUGUAUUUUUUUGUUUUUAAAACUGGAUUUUUAAAAUUGGAAGUGGUGUGAAUAACUUCAUCUUCUUGUGUCUGUGGCAUAGGAUUGCUGCCUGAUAAUGUAUCACCCAUACAGACCUUUAGUCAAGUUUUGUGCUGACCUGAAUGCAGAGGCAGAUCUUCUACCAGUGGCAUGGUCAGUUAAUUCCCUGUUCACUUUUAAAAUUCAACAUGAUAGUAUCUUUGGUUAUAUGAUUAUUAAUAAUGAUAUAAAAGCAUCUUUAUUUCACUCAUGACAUGUUAUGCAUUCUGGUAUUUUUCUUUUUGUAUUUUCCACAUACAAAUGUAAUUUGAAAUAUUAAUGUAAUAUAAAUGAUGUUCAGGAAAAUGAUAAAUGACUGUCUAAGGACAGAUGCACCCCUGUUGUACCCACCAUACCUCAUAGCAUUAUGUAAGUACUGAAAGUCUUUGUUCCUUUUGUGUUUGUAAUAAUUUUUAUUUUAUUUUACUGUUGAUGAUAAGAAAUAAUAAAAAAAAAUUAACAGUGAAUUAGAUUAUCAAAAUAUAUUUAAAAAAUAACUAUGAAAAUGUGUUAAUAUCGUUUAUAAUACAAGCUGAUGAUUGGCUGUUGAUGCUAAAAUAUAUAUUUUUAUAUAUAUCUCCCAUAUAUUUCCCAGCCUGUUUGCAUAUGGCAAGCAUACUUAAACAGAAGGAUAUCAAAGGCUGGUGUGCCGACCUCAAUGUAGAUAAUGACAAGGUAAUUAUUAUAAGACAUCAGCGUAGAGAAUGACAAGAUAGGUAUAAAUGCCUCAAUGUAAAUAUUUACAAGAAAAGUAAAAAGUCCUCUAUGUAGAUAAUGGCAAGGUAAGUCUAUAGACCUAAAUGCAGAUUUUGACAAGGUAAGUCUACAGACCAGUGUUUCCCAACCUUUUUUGUGCCAUGCCCCACCUAAACCUUUAUAAAAUGUUUAUGCCCCCCAUUUAUCAUAUACAUAAUUUUUAAUAUUCCAUAAAUCUUUUCAGGGAAUUCCCUUAAAAGUCUCACAUAAUCUGCAUUUUAUUCUUCACACAAUAGCUUGAAGGGACGUUCAUUAGCUUUAAAAGCAUUGAAACACUAAAAAAGACUUUAUAACUGAAUUUAAUACUGCAUUUAGAACAGGUGAAAUGUUUUUAGCUACUAAGUUUUCCCUAUGAAUAACACAAUACACUUGUAGCAUUUCUGGAUUCUCAUCUUUCAUCAAUUUUAAGCAACCAUUUUUCUUGCCCAUCAUAUUAGGAGCACCAUCUGCAGCACAUAUUGACAUAAUCCAUGUAAUUGUUUAGCUUAUAAUUUAUGUUGACACUUUAACGAUUCUCCUUUAAAAAUAAAAGUUUAAAAAUAGUAGACAGUGGUUUUCAAAUUCUAGACAGCUCAUUAUCGAAUUGCCCCCACCUAAACAAUCAAAUGGCCCCCUGUUGGGCGUGGCCCCACGUUGGGAAACACUGCUAUAGACCUUAGUUUAGAUAUUGAUACAGUACAAGAACCUCAUUGUAGACACCUAUGUACGGAUGUGGUCCUAAUAAUGGGAAAAGGUUUGCUUCUUUUGGUUAGCACAUCAGGAGACAAUGACAAAAGGAGGAGUUUCAAAUAUUUUAAGGUCACAAUGUGGCUAAUGUGUUGGUAACUUUUAGUCACAUAAAUGAGUUCUUUUCGUUUCCUUCAAAUAUGCAAUUUAUAAUGUUAGAUUUUAUAAAAACUUCCUACGAACUAUUUUAUGUAUUUUUUGAGGUGAAAAUUUCCUCAAAUACAAACUGUUAUUUGCUGAAAAUGCUUUUCAGUGCAUGGAAAUCACCCGUACAAUGGUAUCUCUGUAUGAACUGUGGAAAACCUACGAUGAAAAGAAAGAAAUACAAGCUAUCCUUGCCAAAAUGCCCAGACCAAGUCCUUCAAGGUCAAUUUUUAUCUUUAUUAGCUUUUUAAAUUUUUACGAAUUAAAAAAAACUUCAGAAUUAAUUAUUCUAAAAUUAUUAUAUAUGCCAUAAUAAAUACCAUUGUUUUAGUUUGAAACAUUAACGUCAACUCUUGUAUACUGGUUAAAUUUUCUAAGAAAGCUAAAAAUUUGUAAGAUGAGAUGCUCCAGAAGAUAUUUUUGUAUUUCAGUUAGGUUCUGUCAUUUAAUUUUAAAAAGUUCUUUAUUUAUUGUAAAAAUAUAAUUUACUUCACUUUGUUUCUUUAAAAUUUAUUUUCAUUUAACAAAAAAACGUCCAUUUUAGGCACAGGCCUAUUAAAUAACUAAUCUUAGUACCGGAUUUGGUACAGUCUAGUAUUUGUGAUAACUUUUUAUAAACAUUUUUUAUUAUUCAAACAGUUUUUUUAAGGCAAACCAUUUAAAGAUUCUCUGAUUGAUCCCCUUUUGUCUUGGAAGGCCACACAAUUCAUUUAAAUUUAAAUCAAGCUGUAAACGGCUGUCUUCUUUUCUACAAAAAAGUAAUUUUUUCUAUCUUUCCCCCAGACCUCCCUCUGAAGCUACUAACCUGCAGGACAACAACUCACAGCAACAGCAACAGAAUCAACAGCAGCAGAUGUCCUCUGGUGUUUCAUAACAGUACAAAAUUUCUAAGAAUAAACAUGUGAAAUUGGGUUCUUCGUCUUCUUACUUUUAUUUAUACAAAAUUUGUUAAAGCAUUUUUGUAAAGAUAAAAAUAUAGUUUCCGCCUUGUAAAGAUCAUCAAGUACCAUUUAAACAAAGAAAAACUUUUGGGUUGAUGAGGUUAACCUAGAUCUCUAAUGCAUCAAUUUCAUUUUUGGUGUCAAAAUGACACAUUUAUUUAUAAUUAUAGGGUUAUAAUUUAAUAAUGAAGUGUGAUAACCAAUACUGAAAAGGGAAAUUUUUCUAUGCUAGCAUUGAAUGGCACAAAUUUAUUUUAUUUUUAAAUAUGAGCGGAAAAAAAUAAAUUUGCAUCUCAUUCUCUUUGUUUAAAAGUUUUACGCAAGUUCUGAUUAAUGUUGUCUUAUAAGUCUGUAUCAGAUAGAAUGCUGAACAAUGUAACAUUUUAUUGAUCUUGGCAUAAACGAAAUCUAUCUUGUCUUUGAUUUAAUUUUUAAAAAUACUUGUAGAGCUAAAAUUUGAUUCACUGCUUAGUUCAAAAGAACAAAGAGAUGAAUAUUUUGUCUAUGAAAAGUUACACUCAUGUCCAAGAUUAAAUACAAGUUUUCACAUCAAAACCAUAGUUAUUUAUUGUUAUUUGUUAU